AAAACUUGCACGACCACUCGAUCGAUCCCGCCUGCCGCCCGACUAGAGAGGAAAGGUAAACCGCUGAUCGAUCUGGCCUGCCGCACGGCGAUCACGCGGCGGCUGAUCUGGAUCGUCGCGGGUGGGCUGAGGAGUGGAAGACCGCCGUCGCCGGUGGCCAGCCCGGUGUUGGACGUCGCCGUUCUCCGCAUCGACGGCCGCCUCCAACCAUCCCGACCUCCCACGCCGGCGGUUCCAACCCCGUCGUCUCCCCGUCACGGUCGGCGGUUAGGGAAGUGGCCGGCCACGUCUUGGACGUUGCCGUCUUCCGCAACGACGCCGCGUCCGCCGCCUGUAACCAUCCGGACGUCCCACGGCGCGUAGAACACUCGUCCAAGACGCCGACGUUGACCUAACUCGUCCGCCGCUGCGGAUCCGUCAGUGUUGGUAGUAACGUGUGUUUAAAUGGACGAAGAAACCUCAUUUACGGCCCAUGAUAAUGGUACAAAUGAUGUCGGUCGGGCCGAUAACGAUCCUAGUAAUGAAGAAGAUGACAGCAGCGAUAACGAUUCAUGGUCAUCAUAUGAUAUCUUACCUUCAGAGGAUUUUUCAAAUAAUGAACAUGGUGCAGACAGUGAAAACGAAGAUGUGGACGUUGGGAAUGAGCAAAAUAAUUUUGAGGAAUCGUGGGCCGAUAACUUGAGCCAGGAGGGUUCAGAUGGUCCCGAUGGUGGUGACGACGAAGCAGAGAUGGACAUUGAGGAGGCUCAAUACCAGCAGCGCGUGUUGGAGACACAUUGGAAGGUCAUGGCUAUGACUUUUCGGUCACAAGGGGAUGCAUAUAUAUUCUACAACAGGCACGCCAAAGAACAUGGGUUCAGCAUCAUGGAUGAUCACAACCAUGCGAUGGCUCGACCCGACGAGGUUCCUUUUUUGUGGUCACAUAGACGGAUUGGAGAUGGCACGAGGGCAGAGAUACUGGCUAUGCAAGGGGCUGGAAUCAGGAAGCAUAUAAUUGUGGACAACUUCAUCAGUAGGUACGGUUCGUACGACAAAUGCGGACUUAUUAGGCGGGACGUGUACAAUCUUUGCUGCAAAGAGAAGAUGAAGCUCAUAGCAAAGGGUGAUGCUGAGAUGGCAGUGGGCAUUAUGAGCAGCAGACAGGCGAAGGACCUAGACUUCUUCUUCGAGUACGAGCUAGAUAAGGAAGGGCGGUUGAAGUGUAUGUUUUGGUGCGAUGCACAGUCGCGGAGGGACUAUCAGGACUACGGAGAUGUGGUCGUGUUUGACAGCACGUAUAAGAUGAACAGAUAUGGUAUGCCGUUCGUCCCCUUCGUCGGUGUUAAUAACCACCGUUGCACAACAGUUUUUGGGUGCGCCAUUGUUUCCGAUGAGACCGAAGCGACGUAUGUGUGGCUGCUCCAGACUUUUAUGAGGGCAAACUGUCAGCAGAAGCCAAAGUCAAUUAUCACAGACGGUGACGCUGCAAUGCUCCGAGCGAUUCGGAGUGUCCUUUCAGAUGUGCUCCAUCGUAUUUGCUCGUGGCAUAUCGAGAAAAAUAUGCAGAGGCACCUAAAUUACAAGUCACUAGAUGAGUUUAGAUCGCUCCUGUACUAUGCCACCUCUGAAGAGAACUUUGAGGAGAGAUGGACCGCCUUUGUCAAUAAAUGAAAGACGGAUAAAACUGAAGAGUGGCUGAGGAGGAUGUAUAGGAAGAGGAGACUGUGGGCAGCAUCAUAUCUUUCGGAUGGCUUUUUUCUUGGUAUGCGUAGUAACCAGAGGAGCGAAAGCCUCAACUCCUCCCUUCACCUUCACCUUGACUAUGGUAUGACCAUAGUUGAUUUGGUAGUGCAUUAUGAGAACUGCAUAGUUCGCCUCCGUGAGAACGAGGCGAAUGAUGACUGUGAGGCCAAUCAGAAAGUACCACCGGCGGUUACUGAAUAUAAGGACAUUGAGGAGCAUGCUGCCAAAGUAUUCACUCCUGCUAAUUUCUACAUUCUGCAAAAUGAUUUGAAGAAGAUGGGAGAACUGGAGAUAUUUGAGACGCUGGUGGGAAUUGAGCGCCAGACCUUCAUCGUCACAUGGCAGAAUAACCACAAGUUCAGGUAUAAUGUUCUGUAUGAACCAGGUAACUCAGAAGAAACCUUAUCAUGCACGUGUCGCAGGAUGGUUCGGAAAGGGCUGCCUUGCAAACAUAUUCUCUUUGUUUUGCAUCAUCUUAAAUUGUCUGAAAUACCAAAGUGUUGUGUCCUCCAUCGGUUGUCUAAAGAUGCAAGAGAUGGGUUGCCAGCGCAACGCAAGAGUGAUCUUUUUGGUUGGGGUUGGUCUGGGCCUGAGGAGAGAGAACUGUACAGUCAAGUGAGCAUAAAAUCAGCAAAAGCUGCUCAUGUUGCAGCAAAUGACCCCUUCUUGUUUGAUGAAUUGAUGAAGUGCCUAGACGGUAUAAUAGCAAGGAAGAAGAUCCCAGAAGAGGAACUCAUAGGACGCAGAAGGUGUGCUCUAAUUGCAAAGCAGGCAAUUCAAGCGGAAGAAGGUGCAGCAGGUAUACGUGAUCCUGAGAAAGUUUCAACGAAGGGUGCACCUAAGAAAGGCCGGUCAAAGGGUGGCCCUGACGUUACGAAAAAUGGUAGACCUAAAGAUUUUAGAGAGAAGAAAAGUGGUCCGUUGUGCAGUCUUUGCAAAUUUGCAGGUCAUAACAAGGCGACAUGUAGUCAAAACGAGAAGUACCGGGCGUAGAGAAGUGGCUUCGAUCAUGGGAAGAAGAAAACUGGUUGCACGAGUCAUGUUGGAAGUUGCUAUUUAUUUAUGUAAACAUGUGUCCGGCGCCAGAAAACUUAAUAAGUGUUUUGUUUAUGUUUCUCAAAAUAAUUAUGUGAACAUCUAUCGUAUGUGCUAAAUUAUGAUUGUCAACAUAUUUAUGUGGACAUCUA